AUGUUGCUAAGCGGGGCGCUGCGGAGUCUCCCGUCGUACUGGUUCGUGCAGCACUCGCUGGUGUUGCUGUGCCUCGUCGCAGUCGUCUUCAAACUAGUCGUCCUGUUCCUGAAGAGGAAAGAUGUUGUUAAGAACGUUGAAGCGUUCCCGGGACCACCGGGACAUUGGUUCUUUGGGCAUGUCGUACAGUUUAAACAAGAUGGGACGGACUUGGACCUGAUGGUGAAAUGGGGGAAGCAGUACCCCUACGCGUUCCCUUUGUGGUUUGGUCCCUGUGUUUGUUUCAUGAACCUCCACCAUCCGGAUUAUGUGAAAAGCGUACUGACGUCCACAGAACCGAAAGAUGAUUUUGCAUAUGACUUCAUAAAGGCUUGGAUUGGGGACGGCUUGCUGGUAUCUCAUGGUCAGAAAUGGUUCCGCCACAGAAGGCUCUUGACACCGGGUUUUCAUUAUGACGUGCUCAAAUCAUACACAAAAUUGAUGUCAGAGUCAGCUAAAACAAUGUUGGACAAAUUGGAGUGUUAUUCAAGCACUGGCGAGUCCUUCGAGCUGUUCAAACACGUCAGCCUCAUGACGCUGGACACCAUCAUGAAGUGUGCGUUCAGCUACAACAGCAACUGCCAGACUGAGAGGUCAGCCUGCGCGGUCUGCUGUACAUCAUCCGUGCAGCAGAGCAAUGUUAACGCUUUAUUUUCUGGUUUCAGCGGAACAAACGAGUAUAUCAAAUCUGUGUACGAGUUGACCAAUUUGAUCAACCUUCGCUUCCGGAUCUUUCCUUACCACAACGACCUCAUAUUCUACUUGAGUCCACACGGCUUUAGGCACAGGAGAGCCUGCAAGGUGGCUCACGGGCAUACAGAGGAAGUGAUAAGAAAAAGAAAAGAAACACUGAAGCAAGAGAAGGAGUCGGAACAUAUCCCGACCAAAAGGAUCAUGGACUUUCUGGACAUUCUCCUCUUGGCAAGAGAUGAGACUGGGCAGGGACUGUCGGAUGAAGAUAUCCGAGCAGAGGUGGAUACCUUCAUGUUUGAGGGCCACGACACCACCGCCAGUGGCAUCUCCUUCAUCCUGCACACCCUCGCCUGCCACCCGGAACACCAGAAAAUGUGCAGGGAGGAGAUUGUCCAAGUCCUGGAUGGCAAAGACACCAUGGAUUGGGAGGAUCUGGGAAAAAUGCCAUACACUACAAUGUGCAUCAAAGAAUCUCUGCGCCUAUUCCCGCCUGUGCCGGGAAUGGCCAGAAAACUGACCAAACCGAUCACUUUUUUUGAUGGAAGGACUUUGCCAGAAGGCUCUCUCAUCGGGACUAGUGUGUAUGCGCUCCACAGGAAUGCAACUGUCUGGGAAAACCCAAAUGUGUUUGACCCACUUCGCUUCCUGCCAGAGAACACUUCCAAACGCUCACCACAUGCGUUUGUGCCCUUCUCUGCUGGCCCGAGGAACUGCAUAGGUCAGAACUUCGCCAUGAACGAGCUAAAAGUGGCGGUAGCCUUGAUCCUCAGGAGAUACCAGCUUAUUGAAGACCCCACCAGGAAACCCAAGAUAGUUCCCCGACUGGUGCUUCGCUCGCUCAAUGGCAUCCACAUAAAAAUCAAAGCUCUUGACACUUAGGUUGUUAACUUCAGCAAUAUUUUAGUACAUUUUAACACACUGAUGACCAUUACCAUUGGCUAAAAUGCACCCACGCCGUCCUCCUACAUUCAGCUCCCUCUCGUUCCAUUGCUUUUGUGUAACGUCUGCUCAGAAAACAGCUUCUUCGUGAAGUCAUUUAAGUGAAUAAAGCAAAUAAUCUUUC